AUGUCUAGUGAAGUGUGGAAAUACUUUGUCAUCGACCGACAAAAUUCUGGCUACGCAAUAUGUCAAAUCUGUAAAUGUACAAUCUCACGUGGCGGUAAAUCUAAAACUACAACAAACAUGAAAAAACAUCUCGAAAACAAGCAUGGGAGUUACGUUCAUGAGACGAAGAAACAAAGGCUACAUUCAUCGGAAUUGAGCGAGAUUGAAGAAAAUGAAAUAGAUGAUAGUUCAGCACAAAAUUGUUCUUCAGAGACAACCUUGCCAUUGUCAUCAAAUUCAGAUGUUAGGCCUACUGCUACUGAUUCAUCGAGAGGCAGCGGUUCAGUGUCCCCGAGGCAUGCUGAGAAAGUUGGCCAAACGAAUAUUUCAUCAAGAACACCAAACCAGUAUAGGCUAACUCCUAAAAGUCAAUACCAGCCUACAUUACAAUCAUUUAUUGAUAAAACUGCACAAUUCAAGUCCACUGAUCCUCGUGCAAAAUCAAUAACUCAGCACAUAGGUAGAAUGAUGUGCUUAGACAAUCGUCCUUUUAGCAUGGUUGAAGACAGAGGAUUCACAGAAUUUGUCAAAUUCCUUGAGCCUAGGUAUGUUUUGCCCAGCAGAAAACAUUUUUCAAAUACUGUUGUACCACACAUGUACCAAGAAUGUAGGGAAAAUGUGAACAAAAAGUUGGACGAAGCUGAACAUGUGAGUCUUACAACAGAUAUGUGGACUUCAACAGCCAAUGACGAUUAUCUUGGUCUAACUGUGCAUUUUGUUGAUUCCAAUUUUGUCUUGCAACACCUCAACAUUGGGGUUAUUCCCUUUCCUGAAUUAUCUCACACAGGGAACAAUUUGUGCAAUUUUAUCACAGAAACACUUGAAGAAUGGAAGCUGCAAUCUAAAGUUGUUGCCAUUGUAAGAGACAAUGCCAGGAACAUAACUGCUGGCCUAGAAUCAUCCGAAUAUGAACAUCUGCCAUGCCUAGCACAUACCCUGCAGCUUGUUGUAAAGGAAGGGCUACUGAACAACAAGAAUGUAAAUAAUCUGAUUGCCAACGGUCGUCGCAUAGUUGGCCAUUUCAAACAUUCUUGUAAGGCGACAAAAGAGUUAAAGAAGGCUCAAGCCACGCUGAAAAUGAAAAAACAUAAACUUAUCCAGGAUGAACCAACGCGUUGGAAUUCAUCUCUCCAUAUGCUACAGCGCUUACUUGAGCAAAAACAGUCUGUUUCUUUAGCAUCAGCAACUCUGCAGUUACCUGUGACUUUUUCAUCAGCAGAAUGGAACCUGAUGACAAAUGUAGUAAACCUUUUAAGUAUUUUCAACCAUGCAACAUUGGCUGUAAGUACUCAGUGUGUGACAGCCUCAGAAGUCAUACCUAUAAUCAACAGUUCUACUGAAGAGCUAAGGAAACCAGCACCUACUGGAUCAGGUGUACAGGGCAUCAAAAAUGAUAUGCUUGCUGCCAUAACUUUGAAGUAUUCUGAUGUUGAAGAGAAUAUGUUGUACGCAGUUGCAACAUUACUGGACCCACGAUUUAAACACCAUGUUUUUGUGCAGGACGGUAAUGUCACAAAAGCGAAAGUUUUUUUGAUUGAAGAAGCAAGAAAAACUAUCUGUUUGAAACAACCUGAAACUGAGUCUGUGCCGCAAACAUCCAGCCAAGCAAUGGAAAGCCAUGGUAUGUGGACAUUUUACUCAAACAUAAUGAAGACUGCCCCAAGUGUAAGCCACAUCGCAUCAGUUGAAGAUGAGAUUAAUGUUUACUUGGAAGAACCUAUUCAAAAUUCAAGUACCAACGUUUUCCAGUAUUGGAAAGAAAAUACCAAGUACCCAUGUUUAAAAAAACUGUCAAAGAAAUUUCUUUGCAUUCCACCUUCAACUGUACAUUCCGAGCGAUUAUUCAGCACUGCAGGACUGAUUGUUGAUCAGAAACGGAACCGUUUAGAUCCUGAACGAGUCAAAAUGUUGGUUUUUUUAAAUAAGAAUUUGUGA